AUGGCCACUGUAAUCCACCUCACCUCCGCCACCUCCGCCGCUGUCGCCGUCUCUCGACCGGAACCCCUUCACUCUGCUCGCCAUAGUCCGUCGAACCUUAGAAACUUUUCAAAACAUGAAAUCACUUCAUUUCUUUCACCUUCGAAACCCAACCCGAAGCCCCAAAGCCUCCGUCUCUCCCCGCAAUUCCCGCCAAGCGACCCCAUUUCCGUCGGGCGCCUUAUGACCUCAAAAUCUUUGAAUGGCUCUGAAUUUCCUGACCAUGAUUACUCCCUGUUGCUCAACCUCUCUGUCCGACAUGGCGAUGUUGAACUCGCUAAUACGGUUCACGCUUCCAUUGUCAAGCUUCUCCAGGAAGAAGAUGUUUAUCUGUUCAAUCGUCUUAUUGCAGCUUACAUUAAGCUUGGUCAAUUAGAGUGGGCACGCAGGGUUCUGAAGACUCUUCGGAGCCCCGAUGUGGUAUCUUACACCGCUUUGAUAUCUGGUUUUGCCAAGUCCAACAGAGAAAAUGAAGCUGUCCAGCUAUUUUCCGAGAUGAGGGUUUCAGGUAUUGUACCUAAUGAAUACAGCUUUGUGGCUCUAUUGACUGCUUGCGUUCGUUUGAUGGACGUUGAAUUAGGUUACCAAGUUCAUGCCUUUGUGAUAAAGUUGGGUCUUUUAGAUUGCACAUAUGUUGUAAAUGCUUUGAUGGGAUUGUACAGUAAAUGGGGGCGUUCAGACUCUGUACUUCGGUUGUUUGAUUAUAUGUCUCAAAGGGACAUUGCUUCGUGGAAUACCUUGAUUUCUAGUCUGGUUAAAGAACGUAUGUAUGAUGAAGCGUUUGGAUGUCUCCGCAAUGUGUUUGAGAGUGAUGAUCUUAGAGUCGAUCGCUUCACCUUGUCGAGUCUUUUGGCUGCGUCUGCUGGGUCUUUUCGAGAGAGAGAAGGUCGGGAACUUCAUGCUUAUGCUAUUAAGCUGGGACAUGUGAACAAUUUAAGUGUCAAUAAUGCUCUUAUUGGAUUUUACACCAAGUGCGGGCGGUUGGAAGAUGUGAUGCAUUUGUUUGACAACAUGAUUGAAAAAGACGUUUUCACUUGGACUGAGAUGAUAACAGCAUAUAUGGAGUUUGGGCUUGUUGAUUUGGCGCUGGAGGCUUUUCAUAGGAUGCCAGAGAAGAACUGUGUUUCCUAUAAUGCUCUUUUAGCUGGAUAUUGCCAUAAUGAUGAAGGCUGGAGUGCUUUGAGCCUCUUUGUCAAAAUGGUGGAAGAAGGUCUUGAGUUGAAUGAUUUUACUUUGACCACUGCUGUAAAAGCAUGUACAUCACUGAUGCAGAGGGAGAUUAGUGAGCAAAUUCAUGGAUUUGUUCUAAAGUUUGGUUUGGGGAGAAAUUAUUGUGUUGAAGCAGCAAUACUCGACUUGUGUACUUGGUGUGGUAGAAUCUCAGAUGCAGAGCAGAUAUUUUGCCGAUGGCCAUCUUAUUGGGAUAGGUCAGUUGUAUUAACAUCAAUGAUAUGUGGAUAUGCCCGUAACAGACAACUGGAUGAAGCUACUUCUCUAAUCUGCCAAGCUUUUUCAGAGAAGUCAUUGGUUUUGGAUGAAGUUGCAGCAAGUGCAAUUCUUAGUGUAUGUGGCAUGCUAGGAAGAGGGGUGCAAAAAGGAUCAAUGCAUGGAAGGAAGGUGCAAGCUGGUUGGGCAUUCUUGAAGGUUUGGAAAAGGGAUUGUCCCAUAUUCGACGUUCCUCUGCUGUCAAAUCGUCCACCAACCACCGGAUCUCCUCCAAACGAGCAUUUCCACAAUCUUCUGCUCGAAAAUUUCAAGGGGAAGCCGGAGCCACAUCUGGUGGAGGUAACCUCCACGGAGAAAGGCUUCGAAGGCGCGUUUUUCGUCGCCACUCUCAUCCGUUGGCAGGCUUCCCCUUUUCUGAACACUCAAACAACCGAUGCCACAAGGCUACCGUCGAGUAUCGCCGAGGAAGGUUCCAAUGCGCCGCUCAAGGAGCUUGUGGAUAUCCAGUGUGUCCGCCCAUUGCCUCCUCCUCCCACCUCGCCGGAGGAGAAUUUCGAUAUAGGCGAUUAUGUCGAUGCUUUUCUUAGGGACGGCUGGUGGACGGGCGUCGUCGUCGGCAAAAGUUUUAGAGGAGAGAAGGUUCAUUGUCUGUUUUCAGGAUCCCUCUGA